AGCUGCUAGUACUUCCGCGACGCGUCAGAGGACUACUCGCUCAGUUAGCGUCCGGGUGUCAGAAGAAGAGGGUGUCACUUUUUUGUUAGCGAGCGCUUACACAAAGCUUCCAUCCGUCAUAAGUUUCGAGGGGGAAGCGUCUGUUGGGCCUUUCUCUCCAUCCUGAGGGAGGUGUCAGCAGCCUGCGAUGCUGUUGAGUUUGCAACAAAGGAUUUUUGCAAGAAAGGACUUUUCUAAAGAAAAGGAAGCCUAGACCGGGGGCAAUUUUCCUGGGGAAAGGGAAGGACAUGCUUUACUUAAUCUAAACUUAUUCAACCAUUUGAUUCUCACCUUGUAUGCUUUUGCCCUGUAGUUUAACCAUUCUCUCACAGAGCCUGUGUGCUUUUCACCCGCAGUUUUAAUUAUUUGUGCUUUUGUCCCAUAUUUCAACCAUUCACUGUCCAUAAAGACUAUGCCCUUUUGUACCACAGUUUAAUCAUUCACUUCUGGCCAGAUCCCCCAUAGCCAGGUGUGGUGCCAGUUGCAUUCCAAUUAUGUAAUGAUGGCCAGUCUGUGGCAGAGUCUCACUAUGUAGCCCAGGCUGGCCUUGAACUUGAGGUCUUCCCACCUCAGCCUCCCCAGUGCUGGGAUUACAGGAAGGAACAAGAUUGGACUACUCUCUCCAGUCAUCAAGAGACAGCACAAGUAUCUUCUGCUACGAAAGGGAAUCAAAACAGUGUCAGUAGUACUAAGGGACUACAUGACACUGGACAGUCCGGGAAGACCUGUCUUUCAAAGCGAAUAGGUGACUUCCUAACAGCAUCUUUUCUAUGCUGUCCUCUUCUGGGCUCCUCCCAACCCGAUUCAUCCCACCUCACUCCUUCCUGGUCUUGCCUCUGCAACCUUCUGCGGCUGCGCACAACCCUGCCCGAAAGAAAACGUCUCACCGCCGAAGGUGCAGAAAUUGGUCCCAAGUUUCUGAGGCUGACCGGACGGGGCGGGGCUUGUAGCCGCUUAUUUGUAUAUUUGGCAACGCCUCCUGAAGGCCGACGGAAGUGUUCGGUGUUGUUGCCGGAAGUAGAAAGAGGGCGCGUAUAAUGGCGGCUGCGGCUGAAGUGGAGAAGGCUCCGGUGGACAUCGCGGAGGAGGGGUCUCGCACGGUGGCAGAGAAUCUGGCCGCACAGAAGCGCGAACAGAGACUGCGAAAAUUCCGGGAGCUGCAUCUGAAGCGGAAUGAAGCUCGUAAAUUAAAUCACCAGGAAGUUGUGGAAGAAGAUAAAAGACUUAAGUUACCUGCAAAUUGGGAAGCCAAAAAAGCUCGUUUGGAAUGGGAACUACAAGAAGAAGAAAAGAAAAAGGAAUGUGCAGCAAGAGGGGAAGACUAUGAGAAGGUGAAGUUGCUAGAGAUCAGUGCAGAAGAUGCAGAAAGAUGGGAGAGGAAAAAGAAGCGAAAAAAUCCUGAUCUUGGAUUUUCAGAUUAUGCUGCUGCGCAGUUACGCCAGUAUCACCGGCUAACCAAGCAGAUCAAACCUGACAUGGAAACGUAUGAGAGCCUGAGAGAAAAAUAUGGAGAAGAGUUUUUCCCAACAUCCAACAGUCUUCUUCAUGGGACACAUGUGCCUUCCACAGAGGAAAUUGAUAGAAUGGUCAUAGACCUGGAAAAACAAAUUGAAAAACGAGACAAAUAUAGCCGAAGACGUCCUUACAAUGAUGAUGCAGACAUCGACUACAUUAAUGAAAGGAAUGCCAAAUUCAAUAAGAAAGCUGAAAGGUUCUAUGGGAAGUAUACGGCUGAAAUUAAACAGAAUUUGGAAAGAGGAACAGCUGUUUAAUCCCUUCCAGAACUGUUUUUAGAAGCUUAAGAAUGGAGUGAAAAUUUCUGCUAGCAAAUUGAAGUUCUCUUUAAUAUUUUAUCAGUAAAUCAGAACAUAGUCUAUGCCUUCCCACUCAGCAUUUUGAAAUAAUAAAUUUUUUUUCUUAAAUGUAUACUUCUUGUAUAUUUCCACAGUUUUGUGCUAGGAUAAAAGAUGUAUUUCUUGUAGUGAAGUUGUUUUGUAAAAACCUACUUUGUAUAAGUCCUGAUUAUAUUAUUUUUCUAUGUAUUUUAAGUGUAUACUGUUUAGUCUUUGAGCUUUUGGGCUUAAAAUUGCUGGCAGUGCAUGCAAAUGCAGUCGCUAUUGCUUUGAAUAUUGUGAAUUUGACAAAAUCUAGAGCUGGGCUAUGGAUCCCUGGGGUUGAGGACUGAAGGUGGCAGUGGCCCUUGGAGUUGUUGGUACAGUCAGUGCUGCGCAUGACCGAGUGGGGCCAGUUGGAGGGCCAUCAUUGAGUAUCUGUCUACCGUGUAUAGUUCCUUUUUAAAAGAGCAAUAAAUGCUUUGGAAUAGAAUCUGUACUAAUUAUUUAUAAUUUAAGACAAAGACUCAGUGAUAGAGUGCUUUUCCUUGGGUUCAGUCCCUACCACUGGGAAAUAUUUAUAUAUAUAUAUAUAUAUUUAUAUACAUAUAUAUUAUGAAUAUAUACCUGUACAGAUAUAUAUAUACAUAAAUAUGUAUAUAUAAAAAUUAGUGAAUCCUAUAUACCCAAUAGCCAUGUUCUAUAUAAUUCAUAGUCAAUCUUGUUUCAUCUUUAUUGCUAUCCAUAACUCCUGUUACUUUUUUUUUUUUCAUACUGGGGAUCCAACUCAGGACCUUGCACUUGCAAGGCAGGUGGUGGCACCACUGAGGUGUUACUUCACUAUGUAACUCUGAAAAAACCUAUUAAAACGCUAUUUUUGGGGGUUGGUUUUGGUACUGGGGAUUGAACUCAGGACUGCGUUUGUGAGGCAGGCGCGAUCCCACUGAGCUAAAUCCCUGGACCUAUUAAAACCAAUAAACUAUUAAAACUAUUAAA